AAUCCAACCAAACCAUCCAUCCACACGACCCACGACCCAUCCUCAACCCCGCGAACCCUCGCGUUCUCGCGUCCUUGCACACCUUGCACGCCAUGACCUAGACGUCAUAUCGUCUGGUUUUUCCGGGAGUUUCAUUCAUCCAUAUCCAUAGCGUGCACAACGAAAGCACGGACACGUCACUCUACUUAUAGCCUGAGAUGUGACCAUCAUGGCUGAAGACCCAAAGUUUCCACUUAGUAAACCAGACAUGCCGCGGCCCCGUAGAGCCAUUACCGAACCCAUCGCCAGACCCUCUUCUCCUGCAUCAUCUUCUGCACCAGCACCAGCUCCGGGAUCAGCAUCAACUGCAUCUCAAUCCGACGAGCUGGUCGAGACUCUUUAUAGCCACCCUUCCGUCAAGAUAAUAUCAUUUACCUCCACCCAAAGUAAUUCUUUUGGUUCGCGUCCCUCUUCUUCCCAUGAAGAUCGACCGGGUACCCUACCAGCAUCAUCGCGACUAGAAAGAACUCUUGCUGUUGGUCCAUUCCGCAUAUACCGUGCCCCCGGGUCCGUGGCUUUUCUCAGCUGUGGCUCUGCCCUUCAGCCCAUCCUCCCGAAAAGUCAAUGCUGGUGCAUUGACGAGGAUAAUAGCAGAUUCGUCUUACAGAUCCGACGACCUCAAUACUGGAGAAUCGAGCUUCCAAUCCUAACCCCCGACGAUCAGGAUCGCGCAUUAUUACUAAAACAAGUUUUGGAUAAAACAUUGUCAUUUGAAAAGACGCAUUGUCCAUUUAAGAGGAGCUUUACUGUAGAAAUACCUGAAGAUCCGCAUACGCCGAUCAAGAAGAAGGCCUGGACGCCGGAAGGGAAGAAUUUAAUAUCGUCGCCUUUUUCCGACUCCUCCCCGCAAUCAUCGCCGACUGCCAGACUGUAUAUGGAUAGGCGUUCCAGUACUUUAAGCGACAUAUCCCUUUUCAGGGAUGAUCUCGGAACUCAUUCGCCCCGUGAUUUAUCACAAUAUAACUAUCGGCCAGAAUCUAGACAGUUAAUGUCCGAGUCGGAAGAGUCGACAGCUACCGAGGAGAAAGAAAAUAGUAGUCUACCUAAAAAAUUAGAUCUAGGGGCACUAAAGGCUCUUCAGGAAGGUGGCCAAUCUUUGGCUUCCAACUUUGGUCCUGUGUUAGAUCUAGCAAAUAUCCCGUGGGAUAUUGUUAAGGAUAACGUGGUUUCGUAUAAUACGAGGCAGUCAAUAUCAGGACAAAGCGACAUUAGCCCUACCAGUACAAGUCAAAAUCAGCGCGCCAUACGAACUCAAGAGGAGGCGGCAACCUCAGCCGUGCGAGACGCUGAACAGUUAUUAGGCCCGACAGACUUUCCUAGUAUCUUGACGCAACCUCGAACAUCACAAGCUGUCGAUUUCGAAAAGUGGGAGUCGACGCUGGAAGAAAACCCCGCUACUAGCAAUAAAAUGGAGAAAGCCACAGGUAAAGAGGUUGACGAAGGUCCUUCAUCGUUUGAGGGAUCCGGUCGUAUCGCACCCCUUAAUCUAAAGAAGAAGCGGAUGAGCCGGAUGUUAGCUGGUCGUACAUAUACGGCUCCUCCACAGGUGACUACUGUGUCUUCGAUCCCUUCAAGGUCAAGACGAUCAUCAAGCGUUACGAAACCCCGUCCUCUGCCGCAUUCUCGUAUUUUAGAAUCGGAUGAAAGUUCUCCUGCCGGGUCAAGCGACUCAUUUCAUAGUGUACAGUCAUGGAAUUUACCAGCCAACCCGCUCCCUCCGUCGCCGCCAUCAUCACGCCCAGUCACGCCUUCUCAGUCUGAAUUUCCUCAUCCACACGAUCCUCAUCCACGCGAUGAUAUCGUUGUUCCUAGCCAGUCUCCGCAUCAAGGGGAUAACCCAGCGUAUACAAAUACGCCGGAGACGGAUAGGACGUUUAAUACAAGCUCUACAGAGGCCAAAGACCAUGCUAACGAACCAGCCUCGCCCAUCCAGCGUCCUCCAACCGAGAGGAGGGACAGCCAUGUGACUAUUGCCGAAUCUUCCAAGGAAUCGCAUGCGUCCGGCGUCGAAGAGAAACCACAGAUCCGGCCACGACCACGGCCUCAUAGUUUAUCUAUGAGCCGACGAGCGCUGUCGCCGCUUCCCCCUCCCGCUAACUUUUUCUCGCCUCCUUCCAGGCAAACCCCUCAGAGUCGUUUUGAUACUGUCCGUCGACUACCGGGCACCAUUAUAAAUAAGACGGUGGAGCUUAUCCUGAGCCCGCCCACUUUUCUCGUAAAUAUUAUGUUGAAAGUUGCCGCUAGAAUCCUCGCCGGUGAGUGGCGAGGUCUUUUCUUCGGCAUCGGUGAAGGAGGUGAGAAGAUCCCGGUCCAGUGGGACUACUCCGAUGACGACUUGAGCGAUUGGAGCGACGACGAAGACUCCUACAUUUCGGCAAGAAAUAAACAGAAAAACAGCAGCAGCAACAAUAGCAGCAACAGCAUCUCACAAUCAGAGGACAGCCGCUGGGAGGUUGACUAGUGAGAGAAGAAACGACAGGCUGCAUUGCAAUUUUAUGUACUAUAGCAUCGGUUUUUUU